UCAUUCAUUCAUCAUUCGUGGGUUGGGCGUUGAGUGUGUUGCUGUGUGUUAAUUUUAGUGCAUAUUUUAUUUUAUGAUUUUUCAAUAUUUAUAAAAUAAACCUUGUCAAAUAAAACUAACUACACCGUUUAAUCGUAUUUGUGAUUUAAUAUCUAUUUAUACGGACUUUUGCGUUGCGGAAAUGGUGUUAUAGUGUGACGAUCGGUUUUCGCUGAAAUUGUGCUUUUAUCAGUAGGAAAAUGGGUAAAUUACUGAGUUUGCUCUCCCGGGACGAUUCAAAUUGUUGCUCGUCGCCCCGGUACGACAUAUUCCUGGACUUCGAGAACGCCGCUCCGACGGAUACAGAGCGCGAAGUGUAUGAAGAUGUUCAGAGAGUUCUUUUAGAAUCUGAGGAGAUUUUAGAAGAGAUACAGUUUUAUAAAGGAGCCGGGAGAGAGAUACGAGAAGCGAUAGCCGACCCGUCCCGGAUAUCGCAGGAGCGAGCGUGGCGGGUCGUCAAGCCCCUGGUGGAAAAGCUGCUGAGGUGCUACAAUCAUUCUUUGGAGCUUCAGAGGGUGGUCCCCCGUCUCCUCGGCUCGCUGGUGGGCAGCGGCAUGAGCCCCACGCAGCACCUGGAGCAGCAGCAGGCGCUGGUGAAGCAGUUCGCAGAGAUCCUCGAGUUCGUGCUCAAGUUCGACGAGUAUAAGAUGAAGAUCCCCGCCAUCCAGAACGACUUCAGCUACUACCGGCGCAGCGUGUCGCGCGGGGGGCUGAUCAGCGCGGACCCGCCGCCCGGGGAGCCCCCGCUGAGCGCAGAGACUGCUAAUAGGAUGUCGCUGUUCUAUGCGCAGGCUACGCCGAUGCUUAAGGUGCUGAGCGAGGCCACAUCCCAGUUCGUGAGCGACAACCAGCAGGACCUGGAGAACACCACCGAGACGCUCAGCACCAUGGCCAAAGUCUGCCUCAGGAUGCUCGAGAACCCUAAACUCGUCGCCCAGUUCAGCCGCGAGGAAACCUCCCUACUAGUCCUGCGCGUGAUGGUGGGGCUCAUCAUCCUGUACGACUGGGUGCACCCGGCCGGCGCGUUCUGCCGCGCCUCCUCCGUGGACGUGAAGGGCUGCGUCAAGUUCCUGCAGCAGCAGCCGCCGGCCAAGGCGGAGCCGCUGCUCAACGCGCUCAGAUACACAACAAAGCACCUGAACCACCAGACGACGCCGAAGAACAUAAAGACUCUGCUGGCGGCGUGAGGGCAGCCCUCGGGCCUGGCGUGCUGCUGCGGCGAGUGAGCGGGACGGGGAUAGCGCUCGCACUCGCUAGUGUUCAGUGGUAGGCCAAUCAGAGCGUGGGGGAAGGGUAGUGACCAAUCGCAGCGCUUAUGGAGAAAUAGGCCCAAUCAGAAUGUUGCUUGGAUAGAUAAGAGUAGGUUGAAUGGGGAUAGACAGUGGGUGACUUUGUUAUGGUCCAAUAGCUGCGCUGCUUGGAUUUGGGUUAUAAUAAAGUGAUCAUACUUUUGGUGAGGGUUAGGAUGGUUUAAAUUCUUGCGAAUGU